UCAUGGUUAUUUAUCGACCUUGCAAUGCAGUGGUUGUUAUGCGCAUGUUGCCAAGACAUCGUGUGUAUUGUAUGUGGCUACGUGUGGGUGUAUCUGUAUGUUUAGAAGUACUUUAUAAUUGGCUAUGCACAAAUGAUAGUGGACGGACGGACACACACACAGACACAUAUGUGUGUGUGUGUGUAUGUGUGUGUCGGCGGCCACCUUCAGUCGACGUCGACUAUGACAUUAUUGUCUCUACCCACUCCCGUAUAGAGUCAAUGCCUAGGCGAAAGAACGUGAGGAGCAAUUUGUUGUCCAUGUAGCAAGCUCCCUCUCUCUAUGCAACUGAUGGAUCCAAAUGAUCCAUCAACAUAUACCUAUAUGGUUUGGCACCAGCGAAUAACAUUAUUAUUUCUAUCUAAUACAUUUGGUUAUGACUAUUUCACAGUCGUGAAAUUUGUUAUCGCCAUUAUCACGUUUAAUAUUCUACAUUGUUUGAAAAUACGAAAUCCCUGCCCACAGAGCUUCACUCUCCGGGAUGAGCGCUGAGGCCAGCCGAGCCGCGAUGAACCCACCAUGAACCGCUGGACCAAUAACUACUAUGGCCAACACUCUCGCCAGAACAGCGCGGUUCGCACGGAGGCUCCCACGAGGGCUGUGCAGUUCCGGGAAGGCUCUCAGGAUCAGGUCAGCAGGCCCUCUGGAACAGGCCCAGGGAAUGUGGCUCGCCUGUGGAUAUUCCGCGUGGUGCACCUCACCGACGUCACCCUCGUGUCUUUCAUCAAGCGCCAGGGAGUCCAAGUGCUAGACGUCGAGCAAGUGUCACCGGAAAAUGCAACUUACAAAUCGUUCAAGGUCACGGUAGAUGAGGAGGACGCCCCGACGCUGCUGUAUCGCACGUCGUGGCCGGGAUUGGUCGGGUGCAGGCUGUGGAAAGACCAGGAAACUCACGCCGAGGAUGACCCAUUGGCAGAGACCAGUACAAAAGCAACAUUUAGUAAGAGCCUGCAUACCACCACUCUUCGUGCUCUACUAGGUCUGAGCAGCCUCUAUGCGUCCAAGAAGUCUUUCGACGACAGCCAGAUCGAUCUCCGCCGAAGUUUCCAAGCACAUGAUGGAACGCGCGGUUUCGGCGGAGAGAAGCGGCUUGACAAGACAGCUUUCAAAGAUUUUGCGAACCGGAGAGACGAAACCAGACUGCGAAGAGCUUUUAGCGAAGAUCAGAUUCCUGAGGUUAAUCAAAAAACUUUUAUCCAAGACAGAGAGAAGCGAACUUCCUACGGUAGGAAAAACAAAACAAGCCAUGGGAAGACAGCUAAUCCAGACCAGUCAGGAACACAGAAGCCAGCUACCCAGAGCCGAGGUCGCACGUCGCAUCAGAGGCUUACAUCUCGAAGUGCUCGAGGUCGAGAAAAUGGGCAGAAAUCAGCUACAUAUCCCGCUUCACGGUUGCCAAAUAAAAAGUCGUCACGACAUGGCAACAGUAGGAGGAAAAACGUGAGAAGUAGGAAGCACACCAACGGCACUGGACCUAAUAAUGACAACACAAGAAGGUCAAGAACAGGUGGAACGAAAAGUGUCAUAGCGAAUGGUAGGAACAGACGAGACAAUAAUGUAAAUGGACAGGCCUUCAAUCAAAGCACAGUCAUCUCGAAUUCCAUACCAAGAAAGAAAACAGGUAAAGAACUUCGUACGAAAGUCGAGAGGGAUGUAAAUGAAGACAAACAUGGAACAGAUGCCCGUGAAAAACAGAAGCCAAGCGCAACUUCCUCCACGAACGGGCUAAAGAAAGUCACGGGAAGUAACAGAUCCCAAGAGAGCAUUCACAGUAACACUGAUGCCAGUGUAGAUGAAGCAAACAGAAAAAGUGGAAUCAAGCAAGUGCCAGAAAAAUCCAGAGAAAAGGUCAACACUGCGAACACAACCAAAAACGAAAAUGAUGAGGUUUCUAAUAAAGAGAAACAAAGGUCUAUCGGGCAAACCAACAUGGGCAAUACACCAUCACAAGAAAAUAAUGAUAAAGCCUCCGAUAAAGACGAAUCUAUCCCAAAUCAAAGGGAAACUGAUACAAGGAGGAGCACGUCCUAUGAAGAUAUUAGUAGCAAGGAUGACCUAUCGAAGACUGCAAGGAAUCUGAAAAGAUCCUUCAAUUCUCUUCACAAUGUUCAUAUCAACACCUACGACAAGAACAGAGGCACCUACGAUAUCUCAAACGAAUUCUCAAAUCUGCCAAAUUCCCAAAUAAGCAAGGACGGGACCACGAGAAAUCUGCAGCCUGAAUCAUCCACCAAUGGGCCAUCUCAGCAACUAAACUGGGUCGUGUUGUUGAGUGGGCUCCUCAUCCUUUCCCCCGAUGAAGCGGUUGACCAUCUGCUGGGAUCGGAGUUCGACGGCCUCCUCGCACGAGAGAUCGUGUCCGACGACGAGCUCUUCAUCGGCAUGAAGGUCCUAGCUCACGCCUCGCGCUCCGACGCUGAUCCCAAUAAGCUGGAAAUGCUGGCCUACAAAAUCUGGCAGCCCCACAUCAUCGAACUCAUCAGAACCUUUUCAGUGACGGUGGAAAAAUAUUAUCCCGAGAGAGCGGAGAGGUACUUCUGGGACCUCGCGGAGUUCCUCGAUAUUUAUGUCUCAUACAAAUUGCAGAUUGACAAGCUACCUAACUUAGUCAGUGCAUGCCUCUCGGAAGUGUUAGUUUUGAGUUACAAGUCUUACGUGUCAGAAGAACUAGUAAACAUUUAUAGAAAGAUGCAAGAUUCAAGGAUGCGCACAGAAGCACCCGUGUGA